CAAUACGGCAAUACUUGGCGCUGGGGUUUAACGAAAUGAACAGGCUUUUGCGCAUUUCAUGCUUGUAGCGAUGUCCACUUUGCCCAUUCGUACGAGCUAAGUAGCGCCGCAAGCGUUGCUUGCUUGUCGCAGCGGUCGCAGACUCCUAAACCUCAAGACCCCUAGCUUAUGCCUAGCUGCCCUAGCCGAUACGUAGCCGCUUGGGCGAGUUAUGCUGUUUUUUUAGCUUGGAACAUCUGUAGUGCGUACUGCUUUUAUAAUGCGACUUACUGUUACGAACCGUUUUGUUCGGCCUUUAAACGGAAAGGAAAGGGACAGAUGAUCAGCUGUUCCUGAGGUUCCGAAACCAAUGCGACUUUGCGAGCUCGGUUAUAAACUGAAUACAUAAGGAGCCAAGGGCUGUAUUGCUGAAGUGCCAUGUCCAUUCGCACCAGUCGCAAGAUGUUGCCAGCCACGCCUGAGCGUGUUGGGGGUCGAUGUUUGCAGCCCUUGGAACGUGACAAUCAAGGUGGUCAUGCGUAUGGUCGAGUCUUUCUUGAGUACUCACUCAUGUCUGAAUACUUGAUGCUGAUGAAACAGCAAUUAUCUGGAGUGUACGUGAUGCCAUCAGCCAGCUCAGCUUUUGUGUGGUUUGGAGUGUUAUUUAUCCGACAAGGCCUCUAUCAGGGUGGUGUGUUUCGGUUCACUCUCCGUAUCCCGGAAAACUACCCCGAUGGAGACUGCCCGGAUUUGGUGUUUGAGUCGCCCAUCUUCCACCCACUCAUUGACCCGAUUACAGGGGAAUUGGAAAUCAAGCGUAGCUUUCUUAAAUGGAGGAAAAAUGUGAAUUUCUUAUGGCAAGUUCUGCUCUGUGCACGACGUGCCUUCUACAAGAUUGAGACUCAAACGCCUCUGAAUCCUGAGGCGGCCACACUGUACGAGCAGAACUUGGAGCAGUUCAAGCUCAAGGUUGCUGAGAGCCUGGCGAGCUGUGAGCAGCGUCUUUAUGAAAGCCCUGCCACAGAUGACAGCCAUGCCUUACACUUUCUACCAUGGGAUUCCACUGUGGAGGAACGUGUGGCUCAGCGGCACAUUCUUGACAAGGUUGAAACUGCUGAAGAAACAGUGGAGGACUCGCCUAGUAGUGUUGGCUUAACCUGGGUCAAGCGUGGCUGCAUGCAGGUAUUUUCGAAGACUGCAUCCUGACAUCCACCGAAGUGAUUUACCGUCCUGGUUUUGCCGAACUGCCUGUUUGUUGUUUAUGUUUGAUCUACACUGAAAGGCAUUUGUUGUAUAAUUAUGAGGUCUUUGUUAGGAAAUUUAUGGGUACAGGUGCAAUGAUUCUUCAUUUAGUUGAAGUUCAGGGCAACCACAAUGUACGAAUGUAAAUGUUGGAGCAAUGCACACAGGUAAAAUGGUGGCAAAGGUGUAUUAUUCCUUUUUAAGUUUUUUUUGCAAUGUGAAUGUGAGGGAGUCACUGCCCGUGGUUCAAGUUUAUGCACUUGACAUAUGACCACCAGCAGGUCAGUACUCCGUGCUUAAAAAUAGUGUGAAAAAGUAGGCCCAAGAUAAAUAAUUCAAUAUGAAUUAUUACAAUUUAGUUGAGCUGCAUGUUUGAUGGAUUUGCCUGACAUUGAAAUUGCACAUGAAAUUUGUUAGCUCACAGGAGCAAAUGUUGUGCCAUUCAGCUGUAUUAAAUGUAGGGUAAACUUACAUUGGUUGAGACUAUACCACUACACUUGCAAAAUGUGAUUAAGGACGAAGUUUGAUUGUCAGUUCGUACAUGUAACUUUCAUGCAGCUAUGCUCACCACUAUAAUUAAUGUUGUGCCACUCAGCUGUGGUACGCAUGUUACGGUACUUGCAUGAAUUCUGGAAUAAUUACUGCCGAAUAUUUGCUGGAAUUCCAGAAGAGUGUGUAAACACAAUGAAGACAUUGGCAGAUGACCAAAGGUAUUGGCUGUGCAGAUGUCAUUAACCAGAAAAACCUGUCUGCCAUUAGGACAUGAAAGGGUGCGCUGUCUGGUAUAACCUUUGUGAUAUUUUGAGGCAGUUAAUGCAUAAUGUCAUCGUAAUACCUGGAAAUGUGAUUGUGAGUGAGAAGCUGCUUCUUGUCCUGCCAUGGCUUGCAACGUUUUUCAUUUUCAACAAACUAAUUUAUCUCAAAUAUGUGUGUACAUCCUGUUGUAAAAUUCUGAAGGACACUUUUCCUGUUGCCCCAGAGCUUAUCAUCUUGUGCACAAUAGAACUGAAAUUGCUUAACUUUAUUGGCAGCGAGAUCAGAGACCUGUCUUACUGUCAGCAAACACAGGUGAGCAUAGGACUGAUACGGUAGGGCUGGAAUGCUCUUGCAAUGGGAGCAAUGACCUAAACAUUAAGGCCAUAGACUGCACCAAUAUUUUUUUUUGCACAAUUGGAGAAAGAUUGGCCUGAUCUUCUUACAUGUUUAAACUGGUGUUACACUAUGUUAAUAUUGCACACCCUCAUUGCACAUGCCUACAUAUUAUGGUAGUGAACCAAGAAGAUAUAUGUACAUAUACCAACAUACCUGCCAACUCUUCAACUCUCAAAUUUUUCAUAAAGUUUACAAAUUUAGCCUCUUUCUACGAUUUUAGGAAUGUUGCAUCAAGUUGUCAAAUGAUAGAUUCUAUUUGCAAAAAAACAAAAUUUUAAGGUGUUGAAUAAUUAGGCAGCAUAAGAUUGCAAAAAAUGCGUACAAGAAAUAAAUUGCAAUGGUACUUGUGCUGUCCUCUUGUGGCAGCGCAAGAUGCCAUAUGACGGAGGGGUACUUGCUUCUAGCAAGUUUAUUCAGACAAGUUCCUAAAGUAUGCGAUAUUGAUAACAGCAAAGUUGUUGUCAUCUAUGCUGUCCCAACUUUGCAGCUGCUUGUGUGCUGUGUCUAAAGGUGAAUGAACCAUCAUUAAUAAAGUGUGUAUGUAUCCCAUAAAAGGUGUGCGCUCAGGGCAAAAUUUAAUAAAACUUGUGCUUCUAGAACCCCCCCGCACUCCUCCUCACCCUCACCCUUCCACACAGACACACACACCUUGUCAUGUGCACCACAAAAUAUUUAUGAAUUCAAAUGUUUACAAGUUGGCAGGCAUGUACCUAUGUUAUUAAGCUGUCACUUGUUUUUUUGAUAUUGUCAAGCAGCCAGAGGGACGUGCAGCCAGAGGGACGUGCAGAUUGAAAAAAAGUUGGUAAUUGCUGGUGCCAUAUAGGUCCAUUUUCCACUUUGUUUCCACUUUGUUAAUUUAAUGGUGCUUACUGUUGCCUGCAUAUAUGAGUUUUUGUGCAUACCGUAUUUUCUCGCAUAUAACCUGCACCAAAAAUUGGAAAAAAUUGCUUAACAAGUGGGGGUGCGGGUUAUCUGCGAAGAUUCGCGAAGGAAGGGGGUGGGGGUCGGCUUCACGGCAACGCGCGGCCUGUCGUACAGAGUCCGCGUUGUCCGCAUGUCUAUCGGCAUUGACGUGUGUUAAGCCAAUAAGAGGCCAACACAGGUUAUAGCCAGAUCCACAUCCAUAGUCUGGUUAGAUGCUUUUCGCAUGAGUCAGGUGCCGUUUCUGACUGAAGAUCGUAGCCGCUGCUGAAGAAAUCGGCAACAGAGCUGCUGCGAGAUGGUUCCGAAGACGAUUACGUCUUUGAGAGCGGCGAUGAAGCCUCGUAUGGCAGCAGUGAAUCUGAUGACAGCACUGACAACGUUGCGGCAGUCGUUUUGAAAUAAAUUUGUUUUGAAAAUGAAAUGAUGACUGCGCGUAGUUGUAACUUCCUAGUCCUCAUGUUUUUCGGAUACGCGUGCGGGUUAUACGCGAGGUUAUUUUUUUUCUUUUUCGUGGAGUUCAAAGUUAGGGGUGCAGGUUAUAUGCAAGGUAGGGUUAUACGAACGAAAAUACGGUAUGUGUUUUUUUCUCUUUCUUUCUUCCUUGUCAUAUAUAUAUUAAACCUGCAGUAGCAUGCCAAGCCUUUCGCUUGGCUAACUUCUCCCUUUUAUCUUUAUACAUUCUCUCUCUAGCGUGCUCAUAUUUUCUGACAUACUGGUUGAUGUGGAUGGUUCUGUUAUGAUAAGUUCUUGAAAUACGCAAGUUGUGUGUAUGGUGGGUAGGCUUUGCAGUGCAAAUAAUGUGGUGGAGAGUGUUCAAGCGGCUAUCGUGCAAGGCUAGGGCUCUGGCAUAAUACAAUACCGACUUUCUGAGCACUUUAGCUCAGAAGACCCAAAAUGCAAAAUAUAUCUUUUUGUCCACUACUAUACAUGCCUGUCACACAUGGUACAAACUUGGCCAAAUAAGUCUUCAAAUAAGCACCAUUUGAGAUCAUGCUCUAGUGCAACAAGAUACUGCCUUUUUGGUGGACAGUUUUUUGAUGCUCUGAAGUGAGUUGUGCUCACCCCAGACACUUGCCUCUGUGCUGGAUAUCAGUACACAGUAUAUUCCCAAACAGUCAAUGUGGUGAUGUAGGAUUAGGUCUAGGAGGUUUAUUUCUUUUCCUUUCAGUAAAAAUGGUGACUAUAUAUUGCUCCUGUGUGCUCUAAUAAAGUUUUAAAGUUUUUUUUUUGUUAUUAUAUAUGCCUUCUACAGGCUGCUGCACCAGGUAUCUAAGAUGAUGAAUGUGCCUGCCUUCUUUUUCAACUGAAAAUAGAUGCAUUUGUCUUUUUUUUUUUUUUUGAGGAAUUGGGGUGCUGCAGAGGUAGUUUCAGAUCUACAGUGUAGGUUUGAUUUGAAAUCGUGAGUGAGUUGCAUGUCUUUUAUUGCAUUAUUUGACCAUUAAAAAAAAAAAAGAAAACUGCAGUCAAGGAGUAGAGAUGUGUGAUGGCAGGCCCUCAUAAAUGCCAGUGCAUAUAAAAAUGCAGCUUUGCCUUUAACUUUGUUCUGGAGGCACCUUUUAGUGCAUUGAGACGAGGACAAUUUCCAAUGCCACCUUACAUGCAAAUCAUGAAGGAAACAUGUCUUAUUUCUGGUUGUAAUGUGUUACAUACAUAUUUUCCUGCAUUAUUAAUCAUACAUCCGCAAAUUGUCAACCUACAUUCACUCUGGCUGUCGAAGAGUGUGGAACAGCAUGUUUCAUAUAGUCCAGUACACAUUCGUGUUGUUAUUCAGAAUAGUAGCCUAAAAGCUACAAGGUGCAAGUACCAUGGCUUGUAAGAACUGCUGCAUAACUUUUAUAAGUGGUCCAUGAAUAAGCAUUUUUCAUGGCCUUGAAUAGACCAUGGCCUUGUUUCAUUUGUUGUUUUUAGUGAUGGCCGCCAUGUCUUGUAUUUGAUGCGAUCUCUGCCACCUGCAAAUUGCUGUUGCCUUUUAAACAUGCAAGACCAGACGGUUGCAUCAUUACUGUAUAUAUAUAUACCUGCUGAAUCAUCUGCAUUGCUCUUCUGUUAGCAUGUCUGCCUAGUUGUUAACAGCAUUUUGCUGUUAGGUGAGCGCUCAAGCUGUCUGUGACAUGACACUCUUUGUAAGAGGCGUUUUGCCACCAGUACAAGUGUGCCAUUUUACUUGCCCUCGUCCCUGGUGUCCCAACCACUUGUGUUGCAGCUGUGGGGUUCUGCUGCUGAGCACAAGGUUGCUGGUUAGAUUCUCCGUCACAGCACCCACCUUUCAUUUCACCCACAAAACACUUGUGGACUGUGCUUUGGGCGCACAUUGAAGAAUCCCAGGUGGUCAAAAUUAAUGUGGAGCCCUCCACUAUGGUGUCUCUCAUAACUCUUGUGCUGUCUUGGAUUGUUGAACGCGAUAAUUAAAAAAAAUCAGUUCUGCUACUUACAUGUCCACUGCUUUGUGCACAGCUGUGCAGCACUGCAGCCAUUCUUCAAAUUCUUUCAAUUUAUUGUUAUGUGCACUGUCAUCCAUCAGAGAGUUGGUGAACUGGCAUAAUUCUCUGUUUGACUGCUUCUGUAUUUGCAAAUUUGCACAUGAUAAAAAUUUCAUUUGCAGCUUGAAUGUCGAAA